AUGUUAAUGAGCAGCACGGUCCUGGUUCAUUAUGACACAGAGAAGCCGUUAAGAUUAGCAUGUGACGCAUCCCCCUACGGGGUGGGUGCAGUCAUUUCGCAUGUGAUGGAGAAUGGUGAAGAAAGACCAAUUGCGUUCGCCUCGCGCACUCUGACUGAUGCAGAAAAUAAUUAUGCUCAAAUAGAGAAAGAGGCACUGGCAAUCAUCUAUGGAGUGAGAAAAUUUCACAAGUAUCUAUAUGGACGCAAAUUUACUCUCUUCACUGAUCACAAGCCCUUACUGGCUAUACUGGGACCAAAGUCAGCUGUGCCUACAUUGGCAGCCUUGCGUAUGCAGCGCUGGGCGUUGAUCCUGAUGGCUUACAGUUAUGAGCUAGAAUACAAGAAGUCAGCAGACGACUUUAAAGCUGAUGCUAUGUCCAGACUUCCUGUGACUGAGUCCGACAAGACAGCACAGGAAUCCAACAUUUUCUACUUUUCACAUGUGGAAGAUCUGCCAAUAUCAGCUCAUGACAUCAAAGUAGGCACAAGCAGAGAUCCCUUGCUGAGUAAAGUUUGGAGCAAUACAAUGAAUGGAUGGCCUAAUUACAUGAACGAUGAAAGCCUGAAACCAUACUUUGUCAGGAGACAUGAGCUGUCAGCAGACCAGGGGUGUGUUUUGUGGGGUCUCAGAGUCAUUGUUCCUCAAAUGCACCGACAGAAAAUUCUUAAAGACCUGCACCAUGAACACCCAGGCAUCUACAAAAUGAAGGCUUUAGCCCGCAGCUAUUUAUGGUGGCCAGGUUUGGACGGUGAGAUUGAGAACAUGGUUCAGAACUGUGCAGUGUGUCAAGCUGUGCAGAAGGUACCUGCUGUGGCACCGCUCCAUCCCUGGCGGUGGCCUGUCAGAGUCUGGCAGAGGAUUCAUCUAGACUUUGCGGAGAAAGACAGACAAUACUUCUUAGUGGUAGUGGAUAGUCAUUCCAAAUGGCUGGAGGUUUUUCACAUGACCUCCACCACAUCGAGCCGAACCAUAGAGGUGUUGCGCAACCUCUUUGCUGCACAUGGUCUUCCGGAAGAGGUUGUGUCGGACAAUGGACCCCAGUUCGCCUCCUCAGAGUUCAAGCAGUUUCUAGCCAAAAAUGGAAUAAAACAAACGCUGGUCCCACCGUAUCAUCCAGCCUCGAACGGAGCUGCAGAGAGGUCUGUGCAAAUACUGAAGCGUGCUCUGGUGAAGCAGGUCCUAGAAGCAAGUGGACAGCCCAGCAUCACACUGCAACACAGGCUGUCAAACUUUCUGCUCAUGUAUAGGGUUACGCCUCACACAGUCACAGGUCGCUCUCCAGCUGAGCUGUUCUUAAAGAGAGAGAUACGCACGCGCUUCAGUCUGUUGAGGCCAGAUCUGUCCCACACUGUAGAGCACAAGCAGGCAAAACAGAAACUGUAUCAUGAUAAAGAGAGACUGAAAUUGAGAAUUUCAGGAGAAUGA